AUGCAGGGUCUUUAUUUAAUUGUUUCUUUCAUAACGAGCCGGACACUGCUCUGGGUCUGCUGUCUGAGAGGAAUCGAGACCACCGGGAAGGCGGUGUAUAUCACCUCCACACUGCCUUACCUGGUCCUGACGAUCUUCCUGAUCAGAGGACUGACCCUCAAAGGAUCCGUGAGUGGAAUCAAGUUCCUGUUUACACCAGACCUGGAUGAACUGUUGAAUCCGUCGACGUGGCUGGACGCAGGUGCUCAGGUGUUUUAUUCCUUCUCUCUGGCUUUCGGAGGUCUCAUCUCUUUCUCCAGCUACAACUCUGUGCAUAAUAGCUGUGAACAGGAUGCUGUUAUCAUCUCAAUAAUAAAUGGCUGCACAUCCAUCUACUCCGCCAUUGUAAUUUACUCCAUCAUCGGCUUCAGAGCGACGGAGCGGUUUGACGACUGCCUCAAUGGAAAUAUCCUGACAUUGCUGAACGUGUUUGAUCUACCUGAGGGAAACAUCACAGAGAGCAACUAUGACUCAUUUAUCCAGAAUCUCAACAGCACAGCACCAGACAUCUUGCAGGAACUCAACCUGAAGAACUGUGACAUGCAGACGUUCCUUAGUCAGGGAGUUGAGGGAACAGGUCUGGCCUUCAUCGUCUUCACUGAGGCUAUCACCAAGAUGCCCGUCUCUCCUCUCUGGGCAGUGCUCUUCUUCAUCAUGCUCUUCUGCCUCGGAAUGUCUACCAUGUUUGGCAGUGUUGAGGGGGUGGUGGCGCCACUCCAAGACUUGAACAUCUUCCCAAAGAGUUGGCCUAAAGAGGUCUAUACAGGUCUGGUGUGCCUCGUCUCUUUCGGGUUUGCUAUAAUAUUUGCCCAGGGUUCUGGUGAUUACUGGCUUGCUUUGUUUGACAGCUUCGCUGGUUCGAUUCCCUUGCUGAUCAUUGCAUUCUGUGAGAUGGUAGCGGUGUCGUACAUUUACGGGAUCGACCGAUUCAAUGACGAUAUCAAGUUCAUGAUCGGCCACAAGCCCAACAUCUUCUGGCAGGCGACCUGGAGUCUCAUCAGUCCUCUCAUUGUGCUGGUCAUCUUCCUGUUUUACUUCGUCACCACUGUGAGCAAAAAUCUCACGUACAUCACAUGGGAUCCCAGAUUUCCUAACCUGGUGACGCUGUCGUACCCUGACUGGAUUUAUGCUAUAAUCUUCAUUCUGUCUGGAGUUCCCGCAUUGGUCAUUCCAGCAGUGGCUUUAUACAAACUCAUCAAGAAACAAUGCUGCCAAAAAGUGGACAAACACACAGAAGAGCCAGUGUACUCCGUCUCCGCCAAGAUAGACAUGACUGACGAGCCCAAAAGGCCUGAGGUCACCACAGCCACAGUUCAUGUAGAUAAUCGGAGCUAA